AUGGGCCGGGGGCGGGCGCCCGCGGCCGGAGGGCGGGGCGGCCGGGCCAGGGGCCGGAACGCGAAGCCAGCUCUCCGGGGCGGUGGACCCCGGCUGGGGAUGCCGCCCGGGACGGCGAGCUGGACCAGGGACCCAGGCGUCCGCCGUGGAGGUCCUCCAGCUACGGAGCUCCUCCGCGGCUGCCGAACCUCGCCGCAGCUCGGGUUCGCUUCCCGCGCGCCGCCGCCGCCAACGCCGCCCCCGCCGCUGCUGCUCGUGAGGGGCCGCUGCCCAGGUGCCGCGGGAGCCCGGGUCCGCUGCCGCGGCUUCGCUGGCCCCGGCUCCCGCCCGCGGGGGACGCGGGCUCGCGAGGAGGCAACUUUGGGUCUCCGCCGCCUUCCUCGUUCGCCCGCGGGCGCCGCUCGCCUCCCGGAGCCCGCCCGCCCGCCCGCUCGUCUCCCGCGCGCGCUCACACUCGCGCCUCGCACACGGCCGCCCCCCGCACCGCACCGCCACGCACACGGCGCUCGGCGUCCCCCGCCGCUGCCCGCGGCUGCCGCGCGCCGCCCGGGCCGCGGCCGCCCCGUCCCAUCGCGUCCCUGCCCUGCGCCGCUGUUCUCGGGUCAGCGGCCUGGGGCCCAGCGGGGAGGUGCGGAGGGCAGGGCCGGCGGGCGGGAGAGCGUCGGGCGCUGGAGACGGGGUGGGUUGGGGAAAGCAGCGCGGUCCCUGCGCCCAGCAGACCCGGGGGCACGGGGCGCGGGGCGCGGGGCAUCCGCGCGGGGCAGUGGCGGCCCCGGCGGCUCUCCCACUAGGGGUAGCUGUUGCCUGAACGGCGGAGCGCUCCCCUCUCGCGGCUUGCCUCGCUGGGCGCAGCCCUGGCCGCCGGGCGCACCCGUCCCGUGCGUCCCCGGACGUUGCUCUCUGCCCCGGGAACGUCGAGACUGGAGCGCCCGAGCUGAGCCACCCUCGUCGACCGCGAGUGCAGCUGCUCGACUCACCGCGGAGGCGCCAGGACGCAGAAAGUUACACUCCACACCUCAGGAUUCCCGAACACUGGACAAGGCGCUCAGGCCCAUCUGGCUCCCACAGCCCCUUGUGCAGGAGCAACUUGGCAAGGGCCCUGGGCCAGAGGAGGGCUGGGCUUCGGGCGGCCUCCCUGCUUCCGGACCGUCCUCACUGGGGCUGUCUCUCUGUGGAAGGGAGGGCUUAGAGGUGUGCCAGACCCCGACCCCUCCCACUGUCGUGUGUGGGGCUUGGUGAGUGGGCAUGGGGUGGGCCUGAGAGUACCCUGGGAGGUUGGUGCUGAGAUUGCCAUGGGCAAGGAGGGCCUCCUGAGGCCUCUGGGAGGAAAUGGGCCAGCCGCAUACCUGGUGAAGAGCCACAGAGCCACAGCCAUGUGCGGGCUGUGCCCUUGCUCCGCCUCAUCGUGACCUGGCUGCCUGGGCGUGAGCCCUCCUUGGCCACUGACCCUGUCUGGCUCUCCCCUCCAUUGGCCUCUUGAUGCUCUGGGACUUCCCAGACACUGAUCUGCCUCUGAGCCCGCACUCAUGCUGUUCCCUCAGCCCUUCUGCGUCCCCUGGCGACUCUCAUUCCUCUUCUCCCACCUUUACCUCCACCUGGGCCCAACCUGCCCAGCUCCUCCCCACCCCCCAGGGAGCCGAGCCCUUCCUCCAUUCCCUCCUGUGCUCUCCCCUCCCACCUGCAGCCUCAGCAGGGGUGGCUUUCAGCAACCGUUUCUGUGUCUGCUGCUGCCCUGGCCCAGUUUCCCCCAGGCUGGCCCAGCUGGAUCCUUUAUGGUGACUACUCUGAACCUGCCCGGCACCUGGGAGAGGACCAAUAAACCUCUGUGA